AUUACCGUCACACUUCAAACGGACGUGUUAAAUAAGCUGCGCUCUUGGCGAUAACUUCCCAGUACGCGUUCGAAAGACGUGCAACGUGGACGUCAAUUGCGGGAAGAGCUCCAUAAAASAAUUGAGUGGCCUUGUGGUAGUUUUAUUUGACGCCAGCUGUCGAGAUGUUUCGAAUUUGYUUGCGCUUAGCGCUUGUCGCGUGUCUCUGUGGCGUCGUUUUAGCGCGCAUCCAUACUCGCAGUCAAUUGGCCGCAUCGCAUAUGGCAGCCUAUGCUUAUAGGCCUGAUGGCAAUGCACGCAAUAAUCGUCCGACACCGGAGGCUUACAAUGCUGAACGCAACACAUUCUUCCGCUAUGAGGAAUCCAGGGGUUUGGGGGCAGAGCUUCAGCUGAAUGAUCGCGAACUGCUUGCCAAUCAAGUCAUUAUGGCAGCCAAGACGUACGAGUAUGAGGAAGGACUUGUKACGCCACAUCUCUUCAAACCGUCCAAACACUUCUUCAGUGUAUUGGAGGACAUAGCUAAGACGCCGCUAUUCGCUUACCUGCAGGCGAUGCCGAAAGGAGGUGUGCUGCAUGCACACGAUACAGCUAUGUGCAGCACAGAUUUUUUGAUCACGCUCACGUAUCGCGAGAAUUUGUGGGCUUGUGAAAGUAGUGGCAGUUUGGAGGUGGUGUCUUUGCGUUUCGCCAGAACUAAACCGACACUUGCGGUCGAUGGUAAGGAUUGUGUAUGGACGCUGUUAGCAGAUAUACGUGCUAGGCAUGGCGCUGCAGCGGUGGACGAMUUUUUGCGCGAACAUCUCACUCUGUACCCGAAAGAAAAGUUCUUGGACAAUAAUGAGGCAUGGGCGAGCUUUAUGGAGAUAUUUUCCUUGUUGGAUGGUAUGAUUACUUAUGCCCCCGUUUGGGCUGACUACUAUUACAAUGCGUUGAAGGAAUUUCGUGCGGACGGCGUGCAAUACYUGGAAUUCCGCAGCACACUGCCACAGCUUUAUGACUUSGAUGACGGAGAAUAUACUGAACUCGACACAGUGCGCAUCUACAAGGAAACGUUGGAAAAAUUUAUGAAUGAAUAUCCGGACUUCAUUGGCUCGAAAAUGAUAUAUGCGCCUCUACGAUGUGCAAGUCCCGAAACGGUUGAACAAUAUAUACGCAUCUGCGUCGAGAUCAAGGCCACAUAUCCCGAYUUUGUAGCUGGCUUCGAUUUAGUUGGUCAAGAGGAGCUCGGCCGGCCACUGAAAGAUUUCAUACCACAAUUACUUAGCGUACCGGCCGAUAUUGAUUUCUAUUUCCACGCCGGAGAGACGAACUGGUAUGGUGCGGCCGUUGAUGAAAACCUGAUUGACGCUGUCUUGCUUGGUACGAAACGUAUUGGACACGGCUUCGCGCUCACCAAACAUCCGCUCGUCUUGCAGGCGCUGAAGGAGCGCAACAUUCCCGUCGAGAUUAAUCCCAUAUCCAAUCAAGUCUUGCAACUGGUCAGCGACUAUCGCAAUCAUCCCUGUUCACAUUUGUUUUCCGACAACUUUACCGUUGUGAUCUCCUCAGAUGAUCCAUCAUUUUGGCGUGCCACUCCACUCUCACACGAUUUCUAUAUUGCCUUUCUGGGUAUCGCGUCGGCGCAUGCUGACAUGCGUUUACUAAAGAAAUUGGCGAUUAACUCRCUGGUGUAUAGCGCCUUAAAUGAGCAGCAAAAAGAGGUAGCACUCCAGAAGUGGCAAUUGCAAUGGGAUGAAUUCAUUGAGAAGAUCAUCCAGGGCGAUACAGAUGSCGCUGCUGGUCGGCUGCAAACGAAUCGGAUCGAUUGACUAGCACGGGUGGUGGCGGCGUUCAUAUUGUUGCCCGCUGUGCGCAUGCGUUUGAUGGGUUGGCUGUAAGAGUUGUUGUAUAUUGAGCGGCAAAGAAAAGUGGCAGAAUGAUGAUUAAAGGGAAACGCAUGUGUAGUGGUAACAAUAGCGUCAGUCGGUGCUUAAACAUCUGUGUAUAUAUUCAUAUACGUGUGUAUGUUUAUUUCAAAGUAAUUAUUUUUAAGACACGAAGAGAUUUYAAAGCAGAGCUAAAUUUAGAUUUAGCACUGUUUACAAAGGCAUUAUGUCUGAUAUCGGGSACUGCCGUCCAAGCUAGUUAGUUUUUUAAUUUACAUGGCACUCGUAGCCUCGAAGCUUGAAAACAUUACAAAAGUUAAAGCGUUGAGUAUUAGGGUGACAUUCCAAUGAAAAUAGUAAUUUCGAUAUAUACUUAUAUAUAUCAUUAAAGUUAAUUAGCUGUAGAUAGCCUGUACUCACUACAAAUUUUGUGAUUUGCUAAAAAGCUUUGCAUUUUUUAAAGCUAUUCAACAAUGAACAGGCAGUUAAAAUUUAGAAAGGGUUAAUUUAAGGCUAUAAUAUAUGAAUUUUAGUAUUUUCGUAAGUAUUUAAAUGUUUAUUUUCUUGAUUAGAAAUAUAAUGAAAUAAGUAAAUGUCGGCAUAGUAGUCUCUAAAACCAAGUAAAGUGCACCACCAUCAGGUCAUGAUUGGACUUGGGUUUUAAAAAUAUGUAUUUAUAUUCGUAAAUUUAAUUUUAUAAACAAAGCUCAAGGUCUUCUUGAUAUUGCCUUGCUAAUUUAGUUAUAAGCAUAUAAUUUUUUUAUGUAGAAAUGUAUGUAUAAAUAUUAUAUUAUAUUGAUUAUAUUGACAGUGGAUGCCUUUCACAGCA